UCUAAGGGACACCCAGCUUUUGCAACACACUGCAGGCGAUACUAUACAGCAACAGCUAACGGCAAUAGCUUAAAAGGCACUACACUUUUACCUCCCACUUUCACCUCCCACUUUCACCCCCCGCUCUCACCACCUACUCUCGUUAUCCACUCUCAUCAUCCAAUCUCACUUCUCACUCUCACCUCACCUUACCACAGCGUUGUAUGCUGUCCUGCCUACCUUUCUGGCAUGACAUGAACAUAUCCACAAAUAAUCGUUCAUCAGCAUCAAUCUACCACCUACCAGAGCUGACCAAGGUGACAACUUUGACCCACCAGCCUUUAUGGAACCACCUGCUGCGCCUUCCAAGGCCCUCUUGGAUACGAUACGGCAUGCGCGACAGCAUCCUCCGGCUGCGCCCUCUAAGGGUCUCCUGGAGAUGAUACGACAUGCAAGAGAACAUCCAGAAGAGGUCGCCAGGAAGCUUCGAGAGGAGGCUAUUCUCAAUGGCAAAGACCCCGAUACAAUGAAAAAUUGGAUGUUGAAGAUCAAGAACAACGCACCGUCAAGCUCAAGAAGUCAUACUUCUAAAGAAGAUCAGACUACGGCCUUAGCAGAGAGAGGCGAGCUUACUAUCGAGAGUAUGGAUAUUGACGAUGGACACGAGCCUACAAUCGAGAGUAUGGAUAUUGAUGAAGCCGAGCACUGGGAUCGAAGUGACACACCUAUCCAUGCUGCGCCAGCAAUUCGCAAAAGCCCAGUGCCUCAACAUCACACUGCAGCUCCACAAGCAAUUCCAGCUCUACACCACACUAAACGUCCUGAAGGGCCUCCUUCACGGAUGCAGCAAAGAGUGGGUUCCACUGGUCAAAUUUCUAAGUCAGCGCAAAGGAAGAUGAGAAAAGGCGGAAGUGGUAGGGCAUCGCCCCUCGCUUUCUCUGGUCAAUCUCCAGCAGAGUCAUCGGCAUCAGGUUCUAGCAUGCUUGAGGAUCCGAACUCACCAGUCACGAGCCCUUCCCAUUCACUGUAUCCCUUUCCCACCCGACCUGCGAUGCCAUCCUGGUACAACAAUGUCCCGAAGCAAAAAGCGCUAAAAAGACGCCCCCCAGAGAUUACUGCCAUUGAUGCCCUGAAAGAUAGCAUCAAACGAACCAUCUAUGGAUACGGGCCAGGAGGACGUUCCAGUUUGCAUAACGAACUGCGCAACCAUAUUCACGGAGUCGGGCUCAAGUACGACAAUAUAAGCGACGUAACGAUGUUAACAUCACGCAUCUUGACAGACAUAGGAUUGCCUCGCAUAUUCGAUGAACUUGCCGCUCUUCCUUGGGACCUGAAAGCUGACGCGUGGGUUUUAUAUGAAAGGUGGAUGAAUAGAGACUUUGAUGCGAGCAUUCUUCGUGGCAUCACCACUGUCAAGGGCAAAGACAGAAACGGCGACCGUCUUGAUCGUGCUUACACGGAGAAGUACCCAAAGCAGCCUAAAACUUUCGGCAACAAUGGGGCUGUAAUUGGCCAAUGGUGGCCUACGCAGCUCUGUGCUGUUCGUGAUGGCGUACAUGGCGCGCCACAAGGAGGCAUCUAUGGUGACAAAGAAAGAGGCGCAUAUAGUAUCGUACUUUCCAGUGGUGGUUACCACGAUAGAGACGAUGGCGACACAAUCGAGUAUAGCGGCACUGAAGGAAGCAACUUCGAGAUCAAGGCUGCGACGCAGUCGAUGGUCGUCAGCUCCAAGCUCCGAAACCAUAUUCGUGUUUUGCGUUCCUCCCAAUUACCGAAGUCCAACAAAUACCGCCCAAGCUGUGGUCUGCGGUACGACGGGCUGUACCAAAUCAAGUCUUACAAGAUACUGGAUCAAGAGAAACAGAUCCAUCGAUUCCAUCUUGAGAGAGUUCCCGGCCAAUUCCCUAUUCGGUUCGAGGGCGACGCGAAACGGCCGACAAUGUUGGAAGAAAAGGCGUAUGCCGAGUGCAAGGGCAUACACUAACCAUUCGCAUGCCGUCAUCCGGCCUGGUGCGUCAUGCUCUGAAGGACGAAGUGCUCUAAAAGUUCUUAUGUCAUUUGACCUAGUUGGCUCGGUCGAUGGUGUUCGGAGUUUUGGCGGUCAUACGCCGGCGUUCCUCGAGUUUAGAUAGUACAAUAUUCACACUGGCAAUAGUGUUCUC